CUGUUUUUUGUCAGACAGUUUUCACUGUAUCCAACAAUAAAAAUCAUUUUGUUUUGAAUGUAAACAAAACACUUUUGGCCCGUACCCGAACGAAUUAAUAUGUUACUUGAGCCGAUCGACAUUAAACAUAUACUGCUGAAUAUCGACAAACCGUGCAUCAUCAAAAAUUUGGACUUGGAUUGGGAAUGUUUAAAAUCAAUGAAUUUAACGCAAUGGUGUUCCUAUUUGGACCAAUCAUUUGAGGACGGCAUACCAUUCGAAGUAGCAAACAUUAAACACAACAAAUAUCCGCAAUGGGAACGGCACCGGCAAUUAUGUCGAAUGACGAUGGACGAAUACAUGACCAGGUUUCAUUUAGCCGAAAAUCCCCAACAAUGGGCGACAUUCAGCUACAAGAGCCUAAAUGUCCUGCCAAAGCAAUGCUGGAAUGGAGUAGACUUUGAACGAUUCGGAUUCCCCGAUACGGAAUACAUUAACUUUUGGUUCGGAUCGAGAGGAGCACACACUCCAGCUCAUUUUGAUUCGUAUGGAUGCAAUAUUGUCGUUCAGGUGUAUGGCAGUAAGUCAUGGCUGCUGUUUCCGCCUAAUGAACGUUUAUCUCCAACUCGGGUACCUUAUGAAGAGUCAAGUGUCUACUGUAGCGAAAAUUUUUACAGUCCGAAUGACCUGGACCAAUUUCAAAACAUUGCGCAACCACAUCACUUAAUAUUAAAAGCCGGCGAUGCGUUGAUAGUUCCUCGUCAUUGGUGGCAUUAUGCCGAAAAUUUGGAAACAUCUUUGUCCAUCAAUACAUGGAUUCCUCUGGACAUUGAUGUGCAGUCACAAAUUGACGAAUGUAUCGUACAGACGCAAAUAUGUGGCAUCACAAAUAGUUUAAAUGACAAUCUGCGAUCAGCUGUCUUCAAUCCCAAUGAGAUUGAAACACUGACCGAAUUUGAUAUCACCUCUCACAUGAAACUGUUGAAGAGUCUGUUGUCAUACUCAACCGACUCGAUAAACAAGCGACUCAAAGUCAACAACUUUCCCUAUAAAUAUUUAUCGCCCGACGAACUAGCCAAAAUACUCGACAAAUGUGACGAUGUCAUCCAAUCGAACGAAUGCAUAACGAAGGACGUGUUCAUCGAUAUACUGAAAACAAAUGCAAAGCGUUUCGACCCAACGGUGGAAGAUGGAAUUGAAGCCGCUGCUGAAUACAGAUCGAUUCAUUCGUUUAUCAAUUCAAUUUGUCGACCGAAUGUUAUUGAGAUUGCCAAAGCUAAUUUAAUAAAUGAAAUUAGGUCAUAAGAGACGACAAA